AUGUCGCCACACUGGACAGCCGCUGCCAUGAGAACCGUGGUCCUGGCCCUCGCCCUCCUGGGCACUGCAGCUUCCACGGCCGACAACUGUCCAGGAGAACCAGGCCCAUCAGGAGUCCGGGGGAAGGCGGGACCCCCAGGGCCCAAAGGAGACCGAGGGGAGAAGGGCAUGCGUGGAGAGAAAGGUGAGGCCCUCCCGCCCUCCCCAGGGGUGGCUUCCCAGACCCUGAACACAAGGGGGUUCCCAGGGUAUGAAGCAGGGGUGAUCCAGCGCAGGGUGGACGGCUCCGUGGACUUCUACCGGGACUGGGCCGCCUACAAGCAGGGCUUCGGCAGCCAGCUGGGCGAGUUCUGGCUGGGCAACGACCAGAUCCACGCCCUGACCGCCCAGGCUGCCCGCCCGGGGUCCUGGGUGUGGGCUGGGCUGUGCUGGGCGGCAGCGCCGUCUCCCCUCCCCCAGGUGAUCCAGCGCAGGGUGGACGGCUCCGUGGACUUCUACCGGGACUGGGCCGCCUACAAGCAGGGCUUCGGCAGCCAGCUGGGCGAGUUCUGGCUGGGCAACGACCAGAUCCACGCCCUGACCGCCCAGGGCACCAAUGAGCUCCGUGUGGACCUGGUGGACUUCCAGGACACUCGCCACUUUGCCAAGUACCAGUCGUUCAGGGUGGGGAGCGAGGCCGAGAAGUACCAGCUGGUUGUGGGCGCCUUUGCUGGGGGCACCGCCGGUGACUCCCUGACCCAACACAACAACUCCCUGUUCUCCACCGAAGACCAGGACAACGACGGGGCCUCUUCCAACUGCGCCGAGACUUACCAGGGCGCCUGGUGGUACUACAACUGCCACGUGUCCAACCUGAAUGGGCGCUACCUCGGGGGCUCCCACGAGAGCUUUGCGAACGGCAUCAACUGGCAUUCGGGGAAGGGGUACAACUACAGCUACAAGGUGGCCGAGAUGAAAGUGCGGCCCGUGUAGGGGGGUUGGUGGCCCUGAACGUCUCUCUCCCAGCAGGUCCCGCGCCCCCCAGCACAGGCACAGGAGGCCCACACGCAAAGGCGGAGUUCGCCUGGGGCCUCCCCCAGCCUGUCAGGGACUCUCAGCUUGGAGACCCCAACCGACUCCUCGCCCUUCCUCUCUCACCUGCCUUGGUGAGGGUGAUCCUGACCUUGUGCAUUGCACGCAUCCUCAAUAAAGCUUCGCCUCACUCCGCAGGCACAC